ACCAACCAGGGGAUUGUGAGGACACAAGGAUGCGGCUCACCGUCGCACUGCAAAACUAAAAUAGAUAUUAGCCUACUUUUUACUUAUCAUUUAGGGCUCAGACGACAUAUAGGCAUUUGGAAAAAAAAAAAAAAAUCUACAGUAACUCCUCUCGGACUUGAUAGUUGGAACAUCAGUGUGCUCGGCUGUGGAGAGACAGGCAGGGUGCCAUGGACCCGCUGCUGCCCGUCGACACCGAGGUGGACACCGCCAAGGAGGCGAGGAGGAGGAUCCAGUUUUCCGUCCCGUCCUCCGUUCCCACCCAGCUGGACCCACGACAGGUGGAGAUGAUUCGACGUCGGAGGCCAACACCAGCCACACUCUUCAGACUGACAGACCCUCCGUCGCCGGAUGAAGACAGUGGCUCUCACCAGUGGGUGCUGGGCGAAAAUGGAGCCUUGAAGGCCAAACUGGUGAACACGUCAGCCUACCAGCCACCCUCACUCAAAGCUGUCCAGAGGAUGGCCCAGGCCCACCUGCCGUCUCUAGGCGUGAGCUCCUGUGACUCUGUGGAGAAAGGGGAGCCCUCCUCUGGGGAGGAAGGAGAUGGAGGGGUGGAGGAGAGCCACCAGAAAGCCUCAGCUACAGACCAAUCAGAGGAAAACAGACCAGUCAGAGAUCAGCCUGCCCGGCCGGACAGAUCAGCAAGAAGCGCCGAGGACAAAGAGAGACAGGAAGGGAAAGGAGAAUGACAAAGCGAUGUGACAGUAAUGAAGACAGAGCAGAGGGAAACGGUGCUGUCGGAUUUUCUUGUCAAUACCAGUGUGUUAGCGAUGUUCUUACUAGCGUAGCAUGGGUGUGCGCAUGCAUGUGACAAGUGAGAUGGAUGUGAAAAAGAGAACAAGGGGAGAAAAUGAAGGAGCUUAGGAAGGUCAGAAUGGUUAUGAGCAAGUGAGGAGUGAGGAGGAAAAGUUAACGUGGAGAUAUCCAGGCUUGUGAAGGGAGCCGUAUCUCAGUCAGCCAAGAAGGCCGGGGAUAAAUUUCAAUCAGCCAGUUGGGACCUGUCAAGGGCACUGCAAAAGAAAUACGAAAACCUGCAUCUUCUUGGUGGCAAAUGAGUGUUAUUUUGAAGUUACACAGGAUUAAGUAGACCAAAAUUUGUGUUCUGAGUGCAGAGACGUCCUCCACAUGCAAAGAAAAAGUGGUGGAAGGUCGAUCCCUACUGGAAUUUAACCCAGGAAAUGUACAGCACAUUUGCCUUCGCAGCUAAAUUGCAACUCUUUCGGUUCACUUUCCUCAGCCUGGCAGACUUUUAUGAGCAGGGUCAGGUAAGUAAUAGGAGGAGGGAUUUUAGAUGAGAUGAGUGCAGUCAAAGCCACGCCAGACCAGACAAAAUCACACCAGACUAAUUGAAGUAAUCACUAUAAUUACGCAGUACAGUUUUUUUUUUUUUUUGCUUGGAUAUUAUGGAAAGUCCUUUUGUAACAUGUUGAUGGUUGAAUGGAGAAAGUGAGCACACAGGGUAUGCUCUGUGUGCAACAUAUUGGGUGGGAAUGGGGAAAUUUUUCUUCACUCAAAUCUCAUGUAUUUUCUCAAUUUAUUACUGUCAACAUAUAAAUGAUAU